AAAAAAAAAAAAAAAAGGAUGUAUCUAGUUGAGAGUAAAGGAGGAGCCAUAGGGUGCAUGCUGAUUGCACUUGUGUUUCUAGGCACAUGGCCUGCAAUUCUUGCUUAUUUGGAGCGGCGCGGUCGUCUUCCGCAGCAUACUUACCUCGAUUAUUCAAUCACGAAUUUAUUGACUGCCGUUGUUAUAGCGUUAACAGUUGGUCAGAUUGGUCGCGACAAACCCGAUAUCCCGAAUUUCAUCACACAGCUUCUCAGGUUAUGGAUCUAUAUAGCUUCACUUGAUAAUUGGCCUUGCAUAUUGAUUGCCAUGGCCGGAGGAGUAUUUCUGAGCCUAGGGAAUUUGUCGACACAAUACGCUUGGGCCUUCGUUGGCCUUUCUGUUACCGAGGUUAUCACGUCGAGCAUAGCUGUGGUUUUAGGGACAACGUUAAAUUAUUUUCUCGACGAUCGAAUAAACAGGGCCGAAAUACUCUUUCCUGGAGUCGGAUGUUUCCUCGUAGCAGUUUGCCUCGGUUCUGCGGUUCAUUCUUCCAAUGCAGCUGAUAACGAAAAAAAACUCGUCCGCUUGUCUAAUUCAAGAGAAACUAUUUCGUAUCAAGAUGAAUCGAAGGAUCUUGAAAAUGGGACACACAAAGAGGAGAAAGCCAAAGUUGGAUCCGCCCACCAUCUCAUCGAGCUCGAGAACAAGAGAGCCAUUAAGGUUUUCGGGAAGAGUAUAUGGUUAGGCUUGAGCAUAACCUUCUUCGCGGGUGUAUGUUACUCUCUGUUUUCCCCUACGUUUAAUUUGGCCACCAAUAACCAAUGGCAUAUGAUGAAAAGGGGCACGCCUAAUUUAGUUGUCUACGCAGCUUUCUUCUAUUUUUCGUUGUCCUUCUUCGUAAUUGCGGUCAUCCUAAAUGUUUGGUUCUUGUACCGUCCUGUACUAAAUUUACCGAAGUCGUCCCUAACAUCGUACCUUAAAGAUUGGAAAGGAAGAAAUUGGGCUUUUCUGGCCGGUGUACUAUGUGGGCUCGGCAAUGGCCUCCAAUUCAUGGGCGGCCAAGCCGCCGGCUAUGCGGCAGCUGACUGUGUUCAGGCUCUCCCACUAGUGAGCACGUUUUGGGGCGUACUAUGUUUCGGGGAGUAUUGGAGGUCGUCUAAGAGGACUUACGUUUUAUUAGUGAGCAUGUUGUUCAUGUUCAUUGUUGCUGUGGCAGUGCUUAUUGCUUCGUCCGGGCAUCGCAAAGUUUAUAGCCGUUGAUUUACAUACGAAGUCGUGUUUAACUACACUAUAUAUACAUACAAGUUGGUGCAAGUAUUUUGUG